CCCACUCACAUCACUAAUGUUUAGCUGGUCGUUACACGUGCGGCAUUCGAACUUGGCGUUUUGCAUUUAAAUUUCACCUGGACGCGGCGAAAAUGGACACAGGCGAAGAGCUGAAGUCCUGGCUGGAGGAGAAGAGCAAACCGUAUCCGGCACGUGUUGAAUUCGCCCUGAAAGUCUGGCAAUCCGUGGAGUUUCCCUAUCCCAACAAGUACGAGAUCAUCACCCAAUGGCUAGAUGAAUCCCUGGCCAGCUGUGGGGAUCUGCCCACGCAGCAGCUUAAGGAUUUCCUAAAGCUAAGGGCACAGCCCGGCUGGGUCACUCAGAAGAUUAAGGUCCAGCUGAUCCAAACGCUGGUGAAGAUUGUCUCCCAGGAUGGGAAUGCGAAUGAAUCGGCAUUGGAACUUCUGCCCUUGGCCAUCAACUCGGAGCUGCUCCAGGAUGCUCUGCGUGCAAACAACGAGUUCCUAACCGAAUGCUAUGGCAGCAUGUUCAAGUGUCACCACAGAUGCUUGGAGCUCCGCAAGAAGAACAAGUCUGUGGAUCCGGAGCACUGGGAUGUGGAGUUCGUGGUGCCGGUGAUCAAGCAGCUGGCCGAGAUUGCCCGUCGCUCUCAAAACCCUCACUUGUUGCUCAAGUCUUACGAUGCGAAUACGGUGCGUCCAUUGGUGGAGCUCCUGCUCAGCCUCAAAUCGCCGUGCCUGGAGGAACUGGCCGAGCUGGAGAAGCAGCUCAAGGCAGAGUUCAGUGCCGAACGUAUCGCCGAGCAGCCGCUGCAUGUCAGCCUGCUGCUUUUGGAGGCUGCCAUCCUGAACAAUCGCUACGAAACGGUAUCGCUUCAGAAUAUCAUCCCCGCGGUCUUUAAAAUCAGUCAGAAGUCGGCUACAUCGCUUCCCCUGGCCGCCUAUUUGCUGAUGUCACUGCGCAAGUACGACAUCUCCCUGCAGUUUAAAAUGGCAGUCGGCACCGGAUUUAACUUUAUUGCCCAGCACCUGCUGACUUUGGUGCGUAAGUACAGAAAGUCGCACCUGAAAGAGGUUCUGAUACUGCUCCGCUCGGCGCUGCGUUUGAAUCCCCUGCUGCUGGAGCAGAGUGUCUACCAGAUCACCGUUUGGCUGCUAACUGCUCCCAAGGCGGAUCCCGAGGAGGAGCAGCUGUACUCGGAGUAUCUGAUCCUUCUCCUGGAUAUGUUUCGUCGUUUGAACCGUGCCGAACGGUUCAUCAUGAAUCUGCUGAAGGCCCUAAAAGAGUGGCUGGGCAAGUAUAAGCUGGAUAUUCCCUCCAGUGACGCCAAGAAGCGGCGCAUCCUGGACAACGAAAAUGGGGACAACGAGGAGCAGCAGACGGAGAAGCGCUAUCUGAGUCUGAUCUUCGCAAGCACACCUUUAACUGUGGCUCCCUCGGCCAACGAUGCUUUCAGGCAGCUCUCCCACACCUGGCCAAGUCACUCUGCCGGCACGGCCUUCACUCGCCUGGUCAGCAACCUGAUGUCAAAGCCAUCGCUGGUGAUUUGGAAGACCUUGUUGUUCGCCUUCGCAGAACUGCUGGAGGAGGAGGAUCAGCCGCAGGGAGUGAGGGCCGAGAAUCUGGACUUUGCCCGUGAACUGCACGCUGCGCUGCUGUGUCAGUAUUUGAAUGGCACCCGACUGGCGGAGCAAGUGCAUCUCCAUCAGGUUGAAGUGGAGCAGCAACUGCAGCACACUGCCCAGGUGCUGGAGCAGUUCGGACGUCGCUUGCUGAGUCAGGAGCACAAUCGUCGGCUGAUGAACGCCUUUCUGGAGUGCACGGAACGGGCCAGUGGCUUCGAGCUGCUCCUCACCCACUACUGGCCAGAUGGUUUCCCCGCCAGCCAAAGGCCGCUGCAGCUGAGGGGCUUCCUGCCCGCCGCCGAGUGGACACUGAUCCAACAGAGGGUGCACAACUUCGGCAAGAGUUCCUGCCGCCAGCGGUUGCAGCGUUUGGAAUUGCAGCUGGCGGAGAGUGGUUGGCUGUUGCAUGAUCAACAUGGGGCAACCAAUUGCUCCGAUGCCCUGGCAGAGUUGGUGCCACCGCAACAACUCUUCCGCCUAACCAGGCCACAGAAACAGCUGCGUUUGCAUCAAAGGAGGCUGGAUCAGGACUUGGACUCCCAUCUGGAGGAUUCGGAGUGCGUGGAACUGCUGGCGCUGCAGCUGCUAGGGGAGUAUAGAGCCUUGGUCAAGGAGGCCAAGGCCAAGGGUUCGCUGCUGGUCAAGCUGAAGCUGGAGGAGCCGGUGGAGGAGGCCGCCCUGGUCGGUUUCCUGCGGGAGAAGGCCUCUGUCGACAAGGAGCUUCAGUUGCCCUCGGCCCAGGAGCUGGUGGACUCACUGCUGCGCUUGCCACUGGCCCAGUUGGCCAGUCCCAUUCGCUCUCGCCUCUGGCUGGUGAUCUUUGUCCUGCACAGGGAUCUCAGUCGCAGUCAGCAGGUGGAGCAGGCCAAUCAAGUGCUCGAACUAUUGAUAGAUCUUAUGCACUUUGGUCAGCCGCUUCCCAUCUGCAGUUACUUUCCGCAGCUCAGCGAACUGCUCAUCCUGAUCCCCACCAGCUCGACGACGGGCUGGAGCUUCUACGAAACACUUUUUGCCCGCUGUAUUCGCCGCCAGAGUGCCGGCAGCGAGGCAUUCCUCGCCAGCUGCACGGAGUACCUCAAGGACCAACUGGCUGCCACCAACAAGCUGCAAACGGAGCAGUGCCGUCUCCUGCUGCUGGCCAUCGAAACGCUGUCCAGUGUGACUGGUGCCCAGGGCAGGCGGAUGCAGCGCCAGCUGCAGCCACUGCUCGAGAUCUAUGGCGAGAUGGUGGCCCACAAGUUUCGCUCCAAAAAGAAGGAGGCUUCCGUGUACAAGGAGUUCGUGGACAGCACUCUGGCGGGCUAUGCCACCUAUGUGAGCAGCUGCAUCAAUCGAGUGGCCAGGCAGGAGCGCGAAAUUGAGCAGCAGAACAAGAAAAAGGAGCAGGAGUCGGUACCGGAAACGGAGCAGCAAGAGCAGCAGGACAAAAAGAAGAAAAAGAAGGAUAAAAAGAAGGCAAAUGCUGAGGAGGAGGAGCAGGAUCAGGAUCAGGCAAAGGUGAAGGAACAGCAAGCCAUUGAUGACAACUUCCGACGCAUCUGUAAGAUCUACAUUGGUCACUCGUUAAACUAUCGCAAUGCCCACGCCAUUCGCCUGCUGAAUGUGGCCCUCACCCAUCGUCAGCGCCUGCACUUGGAUCCCGAUGAGAUCGAGUUCGUGUUGAGCAGCUAUUGGCGGCAAUUGAAUGCGGAUAUCGAGACGGGGGACAUCUCCGCCAGUUCGGCGUUGGAUUGCCUGGAGCCCGCCGUCAAGUUGAUCAUUGGCUACAAGACCAACGAGGAUUUCCUGCUGCUCCUGCGGCGCCUUUCCUCCCAAGUGGAGCAGAUGCCACGCCCCCAGUCGCCUGCCCAGCACACUGCACUCCAGAAUGUGCUCACCCUGCUGGCCCUGUUCGCCAAGUGCUCACUUAGCAGCGUGAAGGGAGCGAUGCUCAACGAACAUUUCGAGCUGAUCAGCGUCAGUGUGGCACUGCGGCUGCCCGAGCCCAAGGACGCGGCCUAUCGUGUCCAUGCGCUUCGUCUGCUGGAGGCUCAGCGCAAUCUGGCCGAGAAUCGCACGGUUCCGCUCACUGGGGAGACACUGGAUUGCCUGCUUGGCAGCAUGUUGGAUGUGGACAUCAAGCACUUGAUUAGCCGCGACGGCAGUUGGCAGGACUUUGUGGAUCUGUACGGAGCACUCACGGAUAAUCUGGUGGUGCUGUUGAAGCAGCACAGCAACCUAAUGUCCGAUCGAGCUGCCCAGCUGAGUGCCUUGUGCCAGGAUCUCGUCCAGGCCAUCGUUGGCUAUCGAGCGGAGCGUAAGCAGACCCAGGACAUCACUGAGACAGAGUUGGAUGGCCUGGCCGACUUGGGCCUGAAGUUGGCCACUGUGAUGGCCACAGUGACCACCACUCAGGCGCUGGCCGUGAAGCGAGUGGCGCCCUUCCUGCUCAUAUUCACCAUCCGUCAAAUGGUGUCCACCGAACGACCCACCACGCUUUUCGAAAAGGUCAAGGUCCAUAUAGUGCGCGUCUGCCACGAGCUGAUCCGACUUUGCGAUCACCGCGCCGGACACUUCAUCCUGCGCUCCAGCAGCGAAGCGGGCGCCCGGAUGUACGAGGGAUUGGUGAAGGAGCACGAGAAGUACCACAAAUUCAGGGGCAAGGUGUAGAGAAAGCAACACUGAACAUUUCCUUUUUGUUCUUUUUUUUUUGAUUAAUUCUGAUUACUUCAAAAUUUAUACAUAUAAAAAAAAAAAAAGUUCCCUA